CGACAUCAUCAUUUUCGUCUCGUGAGUUGUUCUAUGCUCCCAUAGAAUAAUGUAUCACCACAACCCCUAAUUCUGAGAAAAAUCAUUUUUAAAAUCGAAAUGCUGAAGAAUAGAUUCUGGCUCUAGUUGGUAUAACCAGCCAUAGACGUCAUGGACGUCGUUUUAGCGCUCGACGGCGCCGCAUGCAUCCUCGCCGUUACGGAAUUCAUUACUGGGUUGCUUUCGACUUCCCAAGCUUCUCAAACACGGCCGCCAUUAUUGUCAGAGAGUAGAGGUGACUAUACCACUUUGGAAGCCUUCGAGGAUUUGAGAAUUGCGCUACUGAAUGUUCAAAUUCAUCCAUUGCAAUAUCAUUCAUCUACAAGCAACGCGCUAGCACUGAAAGAGCUUAUCUCUUCUCGGGAUGCUUCCGCUGCGUUACUGAAGGAUAUCAUUAAUACACUGAGGGAGUCGCCCGGCCAGCCAAGAUCACAGCCAUGGGAUACAGACGCAAGAGCCUGGUUGAGAUCUAGACUCACGGGCACACUCUACAUUGAAAAGCUAAGGCAGCUUUCCAAUGUUGUUUCGCGACAGGUCAAGUCUAUUAUGAGCUCUCGGAUAUCCGAAGUAAGCCAAACGGUGACAUCGUCAGACAAUGAGAGACGAUACGCUGGGCCAGAGCAGGAGUCUCGAAUCGACGCCAUGACCCGCAGCUUAGAGGACCUAAAGAUAGAAGCACAGAAAUGGCCGGUGAACCUAGGCGCGAGUUCUCCAGUCAUCUUCAAGGAGGCCGAAGUCAAACAAAUUAGGAUCCAACUAACCGACUUAACAGAGUCGGAGAACGCGUUUCUUGCGGACGGGAUUGUGUCGAGCUUGAAUUACGAUAGCCGACCUGUUCGCCUCGAUUCUGUCCCACAGGCCCACAAAGAUACCUUCCAGUGGGCCUUCGACUCGCACCUUUCGGAUUGGUUCCUCUCCGGUCGUGGUACCUUCUGGAUCUCGGGCAGGCCAGGGUCCGGAAAAUCCACGUUUAUGAAGUUCAUCUCCAAACAUCCUCAAACAACAGAGCUUUUGACGCAUUGGGCAGGCUCUCCCGACACGCUAGCUGUCGCGGCGCACUUCUUCUGGAUCGCAGGCACGCCAAUCCAGAAAUCCUGGCAGGGGCUUCUCCAAUCUCUGCUCUUCGAUCUUCUUCGUGGACGCCCGCACGUUAUCUCUUUGGUCAGCCGUAUUCGUUGGGCAGCCGCUAAGGUUGGGAAGUGGCAGGUUGCUGCAGAACCAUGGUCUGUUUCUGAGCUAACUGCCGUGUUGCGAGCACUAUCGAUAGCUGACACAUCGCUGAAGAUGUGUUUCUUCAUUGACGGACUCGACGAAUACGAUAGCAACCAUGCCGAGCUUUGUGAGGUUCUCCGUAUCAUGGCCAACUCUCCCCACAUCAAAAUGUGUCUAUCCAGCCGUCGGUGGUCUGUAUUCGAGAAAAGUUUCGGCAACAAUAGCCAGAAGAGCUUAGAUAUUCACGAAUUGACGCGGGGCGAUAUUCGGAGAUUUGUAAAUGACCAACUAGAGACCCACCCCCGAUGGACUGCUGAGGUGUCUGAGGAGGUCAGCUUGGAGAAAGCCGAGCUGGUGAAUCGAAUCGUGGCCCAGGCCGACGGCGUGUUCCUCUGGGCUUUCUUUGUAACGCGAUCAUUGCGAGAGGGCCUUUCCAAAGGCGAGAGGAUCGGAGACCUGAAUAGACGUUUCCGUCACCUGCCGUCAGAUUUAGACCAGCUAUUUCAACACAUGCUAGAAAGUGUGGACCCGGCUGAUCAUCCCAAGAUGGCGGGAUUCUUGCAGGCCGCAAUCCACGCGCUCGAGCCUCUACACGUCGAUCUGUACUGGCAUCUGGAGAAAGAAUUUGAAAGACACAGCCCCACGAACCGCGGUCCAUCAGGGCCAGGACCACCCGAAGAUAUGUUCGUGCGUAGAAAGCAGGCCAUCAACAGCAUCAACGAAAAGACGAAGGGCCUACUCAGGCUCGUAGAUAACCGGGUCGAGUUUCUUCAUAGAACCGUGAAGGACUUUGUCUUAACCAAAGAUACGGGCUCAUACCUCUCAAGCAAGCUCCCGGCUAGUUAUAAUGGCUUCGUCUCUAUCGCUGCCGCAUACCUCGGUUUUCUCAGAACUGAACGUACCAGCCAUCCCUUUGUCCCAGGCGUUAUAAGGCAGGGGCUUGGGCUGAACACUGGCCCAUUCAUUGCGCAUCUGAAUCAGGCUCUGGUAUACGUCUCAGAGGCAUUGAAACAGGCAGACCAGCAUGGCGCUCACCAAUAUCAGCAAAUAGAGGAAUUGCUAGAGGAAUGCGAGGCAACCAUCCAGUCCAUGGUAAGCCUCAGUUACAUUACGAUCAAGGGGGUCAAUGCUCAAAGUUGUGAUCCAAGACUACUCUUUCGUGAGGAGCUGCUCAGACACGAAUUAACGCCCUAUCUCGCCAAGAAGAUUACCGAGCAACCGGGCUAUUUCGACGUAUUCGACGAAUCGCCGUUAUUCGCUGCGCUCAUGCCCAUGUCCCGCAGCAGUGGUGAGAGUCCCGCACCCGUGCCAACGGUUCUCGAUCUUCUCCUCGAGCGCGGCGAGGAUCCUAAUGUGCGACCGCGACAGUCCGACGCUUUGGGUGUGUCAGACGUGGCAUCGCCGUGGGUGCUCUUUGCGCGGAGCACUAUGUCCGUCUUUAACAUGCUGUCGGGACCCUGCAUGUUCCCCGCCCUACGGUGGAAUAAUUCGCUGAAAGACGCUACUUUCGGCCGCCUGAUAUCCCACGGCGCUGAUCCCAACGCGCCUCUCCUAGAUUGCUCAAACGCGCGCACCGUCUUCUCGCAUUUCUUGGACAUAUCUCUAUCUAGAUUCCUCGGCGAGGAGUGUUUCGAAGACUAUCUCGGAACCCUAGACGCCUUCUUACGAGCGGGCGCAAGCCUCGGCGUUCCCGACCUCGCUAACAAGGUAGGCUCAGAGUCCGAGGUGGCCGUCGGGAAUCUCGCGAGACGACGGCCGGAGGAGUCGGUGCUGGCGUCGUUUUGCACCGAACUUAAAGGCCUCAUGACGAGAUUAGCAGCGGAUCCGUGCCGAGCGGCGUUCGUCUCGUCCAUCGUGGAGAAGCUUAUCCUGCACUGCUCAGACAAGGAAGAUCUGAGAGAGCUAGAAAUGGCGAUAUCGCAAGGCUGUCCCACUUAUAUUGCCGCGCCGUUGUUGCGACUGAUCGUUUGUGAGCUGAGCGGCCAACGGGAACAGGGAUCGAUACGAAAGAGACAACCAAAUGAGGAUCUAGAUAACGGGGAUUUAGAAUCUAGAAUCAAGCACUUUAGGCGGUUGUAAAGGCAGCGGGUGGCGGUUUGGUUAGCAAAUGAGAUGUUAACGGAAUUGUUCGUGCCUCUCCGCUGCAAACGACUGGCUACGCCAAGUAUCACUCACUUAUACGGCGAGGUACGUGAAGGGAGGCGACCUCUUGGUGCUAUGUUCUACCGAAUUUACAAUGGCAAUUAUCUCGGCGCCUAGGUAAGCCCGACUUGUCUAAAAAAUAAUAAAAAAAUAGACGAGUGGGCAUAGUCCGCUUCAGCCAUGAGGUCUUGGCCUAU